AUGAGCUCCAAGCAAGCAAAGCUGCAGCCGGCUGUAGAAGCAUGUGGUCGACCUCCAAGCGAGGACGCCUACGAACUGACGACAUUGGCGAAGCAGGACGCAUCUUCGUACUUAAAAAGAUGGAAGCGUAGCAGGAACGGGGAUGAAAGCGAAAAGCAGGCUGAUCUUCGUAUCAACAAAAAUACAACUACUUCCGUGCGAGGCAAGAAUAAGAAAGAUGAAACGAAGAGAAAAUUAGGGCCCCCCGUGAAGAAGAACGACCUGUUGGAUGAAGAGAGAAAACAAGCCCCCGAAGUAGAGAGAAAACAAUCGAUGGAACAAGACGGGGCUACUGCCUCAACGGGCGAUCUUCAGGGGCGGACUAGUACUUCUAGUGUAGACCCAUCAACAGGACGAGAUCGAGAUCCCGCUAGUUCUACAACAACUGCGCAAGAACAUCAACUGGUGCCUGAAGAUGAUUGCGCGUUCUACGACGACGAAAAGAAGAACAAAGAGCUGCGGGCAUUCAUGGAAGCACUGACUAAGAUGGGGUAUACAUGGAAUUGGAAUCAAAACAGAAUCAAGCGUGCUCUUCUGGAAACCGACUGCGAGAUGGACGCUUGCAACGUCGUUACGUGGCUUGCCGUGAACGAAAACGAAAUAGACGACGCACAGAACGAACGUAUUUUGACGCGAC